UGAUGAGUGCGAGUUGCUUGCACCGUACCACACCACACAAGCUGACUCCACAGAUACCAGGACUCGUAACCCUAGCAGAUUACAGGCAGACUCGGCGUUUCUCUCUGAGUUAAGCUCCUGACACUGCAGUCUGUGAUAGCUUGCUGUUGUGAUGGAAGGUGAAAGUGAAAAGAAGACGGGAGAGAAGCCCGCGGAAGAUGAUGGUGGAAUCGCACCUCUUCCAGAAAGGGUUCAAGUCGGCGGAUCACCAGUGUACAAGAUGGAUCGGAAGCUGGGAAAGGGAGGUUUUGGCCAAGUCUACGUGGGUCGUAGAGUUCACGGAGGGACUGAGCGAGUUGGCCCUCAUGCUGUCGAGGUAGCACUGAAAUUCGAGCAUAGAAGCAGUAAGGGAUGCAACUAUGGGCCACCAUACGAGUGGCAAGUUUACAACACGCUGGGAGGGAGCCAUGGAGUUCCUAGGGUUCACUACAAAGGCAGACAAGGCGACUAUUAUGUUAUGGUCAUGGACAUGCUCGGACCGAGCUUGUGGGACGUCUGGAACAAUUCUAAUCAAGCGAUGUCGACGGAAAUGGUUGCGUGUAUUGCCGUGGAAGCUCUUUCCAUUCUGGAGAAGUUGCACGCACGAGGAUACGUUCAUGGAGACGUGAAGCCAGAAAAUUUCCUUUUAGGCCAGCCAGGAUCCCCUGACGAGAAGAAGCUGUACCUUGUUGACCUCGGACUUGCAACACGGUGGAAGGACGCAACUUCUGGUCAGCAUGUGGAGUAUGAUCAACGUCCAGACAUCUUCAGGGGAACUGUCCGAUACGCCAGUGUCCAUGCGCAUCUUGGACGCACAGGCAGCAGGAGAGACGAUUUAGAGUCCCUGGCUUACACGCUGGUCUUCCUUUUGAGAGGACGCUUGCCAUGGCAGGGCUACCAGGGAGACAACAAGGGCUUCUUGGUUUGCAAGAAGAAGAUGGCCACGUCUCCUGAGAUGCUGUGCUGCUUUUGUCCAGUCCCUUUCAAGCUCUUUUUAGAGUAUGUGGUGAACCUGAAGUUCGAUGAGGAGCCGAACUAUGGAAAGUGCAUUGCAAUGUUCGACCCUGUUUUGGGACCCAUCCCUGCACAUCGACCCAUUGACACAGAAGGCGCUUUGAAGGUGGGUCAGAAGCGUGGACGCUUGACAGCGGAGGAGGAAGCAGACGACCAACCAAAGAAGAAGGUUCGACUUGGAAUGCCUGCCACACAGUGGAUUUCGGUGUACAGUGCUCGUCGGCCAAUGAAGCAAAGAUACCACUACAAUGUGGCUGACGCGAGACUAGCUCAACACGUGGAGAAGGGGAAUGAGGACGGGCUGUUCAUCAGUAGUGUGGCGUCAUGCCAGAACUUGUGGGCCCUCAUCAUGGAUGCUGGCACAAACUUUACAUCCCAAGUCUAUGAACUUUCUCAUGUCUUUCUCCCGAAGGAGUGGAUCAUGGAGCAAUGGGAGCGGAAUUACUACAUUACCUCAAUUGCAGGGGCCAGCAAUGGAAACUCCUUGGUAGUCAUGUCUAAAGGAACCUCCUACACACAACAGUCUUACAAAGUGAGCGACUCGUUCCCUUUCAAGUGGAUAAACAAGAAAUGGAGGGAAGGCUUUUAUGUCACAUCCAUGGCAACUGCUGGCAGCAGAUGGGGGGUUGUUAUGUCACGAAAUGCUGGCUUCACUGACCAGGUGGUUGAGCUCGACUUCUUGUAUCCUAGUGAAGGGAUCCAUCGCCGGUGGGAUGCUGGUUACCGGAUUACAGCAACUGCAGCAACUUGGGAUCAAGCUGCCUUUUUGUUAAGCAUCCCAAGACGACGUCCUGCAGAUGAGACUCAGGAGACUUUGCGAACAUCAGCCUUCCCAAGCACACAUGUCAAGGAAAAGUGGGCAAAGAACCUGUACAUCUCGUCGAUCAGCUAUGGUCGCACUGUCUCUUAGUUGGCGGAAGUGAUGCAUGUGAUCCCUCGCUUAGAGCCCAUUGAUUUUUUUCAAUGCUGGUCCCCUGCCAGUGUUACCAUAGGUGGUUGGCAGCAGGCUCCCACACUGUAUGGAGCCACAUUGUUUUGUAGAUGUCUUCGGGUUGCAUUGUGCAUGGUAUCCUGCCACCCAUUUGGAAUCCCUGGCUUUUUUGCUUGUGGGAGCCAUUCUAUUACGUCAUGCUCCCUCGCGUCUGCUAUUUAUGCUGCAAAUUUCUUUGAAACCAUACAAUUUUUUAGGUACUCAUGUGGAGUUGUAUCCAGGCCCCCAAAUUGCAGACU